UACUAAAAAAAUCGCAGUAGUAAAAAAGAAAAAAAAAAAGAAAGAGGCGCUGGCGAUUGAAUAACUAACAAUCUCACGAGAAUAACGAUAUAAGACUGGAGAUUAAACGCAUACAGUAGUUAUUAAACUAAACUGUAAUCUGACAAACACCAACACACGAAAGAAGAAGAAAGAGGAAUAAGGAGUGUUGACAAAAUCCGCACAUCAGUUAUGUCACUAACUUGGCGUCGCAUAUCGGCUGGUUUUUUGACACAUUAUCCCUACGUAGGUCUCAUAUCCAGCUAACAAGGAUGGAGUGGCAGCCGGACGAGCAGAGCCUCCAGCAGGUUCUCCUGCUGCUGAAGGACUCGCAGUCUCCAGACACGGCCACGCAGAGAGCGGUGCAGGAGAAACUGGAGCAGCUCAAUCAGUACCCUGACUUUAACAAUUACCUCAUCUUCGUCCUCACCAGUCUCAAAUCUGAAGAUGAGCCGACUCGCUCUCUCAGCGGUUUGAUCCUGAAGAACAACGUGAAGGCUCACUAUCAGAACUUCCCCCCUGCUGUGGCUGACUUCAUCAAACAGGAAUGUCUCAACAACAUCGGAGACCCAUCGCCUCUCAUCCGCGCCACCAUCGGUAUUCUCAUCACUACCAUAGCAUCUAAAGGUGAGCUGCAGUCAUGGCCUGAGCUUCUGCCUCAGCUCUGUAACCUGCUCAACUCCGAGGACUACAACACCUGUGAGGGUUCAUUUGGCGCCUUACAGAAGAUCUGUGAAGACUCGUCUGAGCUGUUGGACAGCGAUGCUUUGAAUCGGCCUCUAAACAUCAUGAUCCCCAAAUUCUUGCAGUUCUUCAAACACUGCAGCCCUAAAAUCAGGUCUCACGCUAUAGCGUGUGUGAAUCAGUUCAUCAUCGGCCGAGCUCAGGCUCUGAUGGACAACAUCGACCCCUUUAUAGAGUCUCUGUUUGUACUGGCGGGUGAUGAAGACUCGGAUGUGAGAAAGAACGUGUGCAGAGCGUUGGUGAUGCUGCUGGAGGUCCGUAUAGAUCGCCUCAUACCGCACAUGCACAGCAUCAUCCAGUACAUGCUCCAGCGCACACAGGACCCAGAUGAGAACGUGGCUCUGGAGGCAUGCGAGUUCUGGCUCACUCUGGCUGAACAACCCAUCUGUAAAGAAGCCCUAUCCGGUCACCUUGUGCAACUUAUUCCCAUCCUGGUGAAUGGAAUGAAAUACUCAGAGAUCGACAUCAUCCUGCUGAAGGGGGAUGUGGAGGAGGAUGAUACAGUCCCUGACAGUGAGCAGGACAUAAAGCCACGUUUCCACAAGUCUCGCACUGUCACGCUGCAGCACGAAGGAGGAGAAGGACAAGAGGACGAGGACAUCGACGAAGAUGAGGAUGAUGACGAUGAUACGCUGUCUGACUGGAACCUGCGUAAGUGUUCGGCUGCGGCGCUGGAUGUCCUGGCUAACGUGUUCCGUGAUGAUCUGCUGCCUCACCUGCUGCCUUUGUUAAAGGGUCUUCUGUUCCACCCAGACUGGGUCAUCAAGGAGUCAGGAAUUCUUGUGCUAGGGGCCAUUGCUGAGGGCUGUAUGCAGGGCAUGGUUCCCUACCUACCUGAGCUGAUCCCUCACCUGAUCCAGUGUCUGUGUGAUAAAAAGGCUCUGGUUCGUUCCAUCGCCUGCUGGACACUGAGCCGUUACGCCCACUGGGUGGUGAGCCAGCCACCUGAUGCCCACCUCAAACCCCUCAUGACUGAGCUGCUCAAACGCAUCCUCGAUGGCAACAAGAGGGUGCAGGAGGCCGCAUGCAGUGCAUUUGCCACACUGGAGGAGGAGGCCUGCACCGAGCUCGUCCCCUACCUCAGCUUCAUACUGGACACUUUGGUGUUUGCCUUCGGGAAAUAUCAGCACAAGAACCUGCUCAUCCUGUACGACGCCAUCGGUACACUCGCUGACUCUGUGGGACAUCACCUCAACCAGCCGGAGUACAUUCAGAAGCUGAUGCCUCCUCUGAUACAGAAAUGGAACGAGCUGAAGGACGAGGAUAAAGACCUGUUCCCUCUGCUGGAGUGUUUGUCGUCUGUGGCGACGGCGCUACAGAGUGGCUUCCUGCCCUACUGUGAACCUGUGUAUCAGCGCUGUGUCACGCUGGUGCAGAAAACCCUCGCUCAGGCUAUGAUGUACAGCCAACAGCCGGACCAGUACGAGGCUCCCGAUAAGGACUUCAUGAUCGUGGCUCUGGAUCUGCUCAGCGGACUGGCCGAGGGUCUCGGAGGUCACGUCGAUCAGCUGGUUGCCCGUAGCAACAUCAUGACCCUCCUCUUCCAGUGCAUGCAGGAUACGAUGCCGGAGGUGAGACAGAGCUCAUUUGCUCUGCUGGGUGAUCUGACCAAAGCCUGCUUUCCUCAUGUUAAACCCUGUAUUGCCGAGUUCAUGCCGAUUUUGGGGACGAACCUGAACCCAGAGUUUAUCUCUGUGUGUAAUAAUGCUACGUGGGCCAUCGGGGAGAUCUGCAUGCAGAUGGGGGUGGAAAUGCAGCCAUAUGUGUCUCUGGUUCUUCCUCACCUGGUGGAGAUAAUUAAUAGACCCAACACUCCCAAGACACUGCUGGAGAACACCGCCAUCACGAUUGGUCGACUGGGUUACGUCUGUCCACAGGAAGUGGCUCCGAUGCUGCAGCAGUUCAUUCGGCCCUGGUGCACGUCUCUGAGGAACAUCCGAGAUAACGAGGAGAAAGACUCCGCCUUCAGGGGCAUCUGUGUGAUGAUUGGUGUAAAUCCUGGAGGUGUGGUGCAGGACUUUAUCUUCUUCUGUGAUGCCCUGGCCUCCUGGGUCAAUCCCAAAGAUGACCUCAGAGAAAUGUUCUACAAGAUCCUGCACGGUUUUAAGGACCAGGUCGGUGAGGACAACUGGCAGCAGUUCUCAGAGCAGUUCCCUCCCAUCCUGAAGGAGCGUCUGUCUGCAUGCUACGGCGUGUAGAAGCGACUCUACACACGCACAGCACGAUCACACGCUGUCAGCUGAAUCUUUAGGAGGGUUACCGGGGGGAAACUCAUCCAUCUGUGUAUUGCACUGCCCUGAUCGUGGGGGAGAGGGACGCGAUUGGCCGCUCCGCCUGACGGACAGCCCCCACGACCCUGUGUGUGUCUCCAUGAGGGUGGGCGGGAGGGUAUUAGGGAGGGGGGGAGGGGAUCUCCUCUAGUUAACUGCAGGAUGCACCCAACGGCAGGGGGGUAGGACCUAAACACAACGUAGGGACGACAGAACAAUAGAGUAAACUGAGGGAGGAUGUAAGGAUGGAGGGAGGGAGGGAGGUCGUACCUUUAAAUCAAUACAUACAUUAUUAACAUAAAUAAAUAAAGGGAGGCUAACAGACGUAUAACUAAGACGAGGGGAGGCGCUAAUCAGCGAUCUGUGAACACGGUCAUUUAUUUUAAUCUCAUGUUAUAAAAAAAAAUAAAUCUCAUCACAGCAAAACACGUCAUGAAAACGGAUUCACAGUAAGCAGGAAGGUUUAAUCAAGGCGGAGGAUCUCAUCUCCAAAUUUACAGAUAAAACUAAUCACAAAGAAAACCAGGUGAACGACGCACAAUCCUCGGUUUAAAUCCGCGUCGGCAUUCAAUCCGUCGCCGUUUUCUUCUUCUUCCGCUCGGUUUCUCUUCUCGCUGCUCGUUUUCAUUCGUUUCUACGUCCGAGUCGUUGUUGUUGUUGUUUUUUUUGCUCCUCACACUUCUGAAAGUCCAGACAGGCUUCGCACUGACCGUUUAUUGUUUUUACUAGUAAAAAUUUUUGUUUUGUUUUGUUUUUUUUUGGUUCCUGUUCCUCUGAGAUCACAGCGUUUUCUCUGGAUAUCAAGCUGAAAAGUUUUCAUAAUUUCUUUUUUUUUGUUUUUUGUUUUUAUUUCCAGAGAUAAAACUUUUCUUCUUGAGAUCUCGAAGGCUGUCGAAGAUUUUUGUUGCUUUAUAACUAACUUUAGCUAGCGUAGUUUCUCGCGGGUUUUUUUUUUUUCCACGCUACGUUUAGAUGACUCCCAGUGAAACGAUCCAGUAUUAUUUUAUUUCACGGAAAAUCUUUUGAUACAAGUGUCUCGCUAAUUUGAAUUAAAAAAAAAAAAAACGCGCGCACAAAAAAAAAAACGUAGCUCCGCCCCCUCACACGCCGAGAUGUUACUUUGGUACGAUUGUUGAGAUGCCGUAGUUACGUCUCACUGCUUCCACGCGCCGGCCUGUAACGAAUCGUUUACUCUGUAAUUAACUACCAUGUAGUCUAAUCGUAAUGCGGAAGCGUAAAUAUUGGCACCCAGAUGAUUAACAGAUCGAGGAGCGUCGAUUUGAUUUUGCGAUCGGUUUUUGGAGCGGAUCUGCAUUAGGACGGGUUCCAACGUCAAACUAACGGUUGUUUUGUUUUUUCCCCCAUCGUGGCCAAGCUGCUGCUGCUUCUGCUGUCGUCACCAUCUCGCUUUUUUCUGACGAUUCGUGUUUUUCUUCAAUUUGUUACCUCGACAAAUCGUGAGAAUUAGACAGAACGUUGUGAUACGGAGACGACAGGACGGAAAACAAAACAGACGUAAUAACGUUUAGAAACGAAUGAAUAAAUAAAGGCCUCUGUGGACUUUACGCCUGGCCUCCGUAGACUUGCAUAAUCACGUGCUGUAGCUGGUCAGUAAUUGUUCCUCGCACUCUUUUUUUUUUUUGUUGUUGUUUGUUUGUUUUUGCUUCUUUUUUUAUUGUAUUUUUUUGUUUUUUAUUUUUUUGUGAAACACGUCACCGUUUGAACAUUUAGUCUAAAUCUAUUGUAGAAUGAAACAAAUGAUUUAUCAUAUACUGACCAUGACUUGUGUUUGUGUAACUGUUUUUGUGUGUUUGGAUGGUUGGAAGUGAAAGUUUUUGUUUUAGUGUGCGUGUGUGUGUGUGUGUGCGCGCGCGUGUGUGUGUGUGUGUGUGGCACAUUAAUAUGUUUAAUGUUUUACGGUACGUUAUUACACUUGAUUCCUGGACCCCUAUUGACCUGUAAACUGUGACCAAUGUGUGUGUGUGUGUGUUUGGAGCAUGGGGGCGUAGUUCGCUUGCUUACGUGUGUGUGUGUGUGUGUGUGUGUGUGUGUGUGUGUGUGUGUGCACCUGAGAGAAAGUACUUGUACUGAUAUUGAUGCCAUAUUGAUAUUUGAUAUGUAGUGAGUUAAUCCUCAUGCAGCACCACACCUAUCAAAUAUACUACAAGACGAGUUUCAUUUUUUAUUUUGCUGCUACUGCUGACUGUGUUUUGUUUUUGUUUGUUUUUUUGGUUUUUUUUUAAAUUAUGAACUUCUUAUAAACGAAUCGCAUAUCCUUGAACAUAUCCAUGAUAAGGAAAGAAAAAACACCACGUUGUUAUGCACUUUCCCCUCUUUUUUUCUUUUCUUUCUUUUUUUUUUUAAAUUUAAUUUAUUUUUUUUGUAUUAGAAUCUAAUGCCGACAAAUUUACGAUUAAAUACAGCUGGUGGACUCAUCGUUUGUCUCAGUUGUGUCUUGUGACAUGUCUUUUAUUGGGAAUUAAAUAAAUAAAAAUAAAUUUAAAAAAAAA